AUGAUGUCUAUCAUUACCAUGGACGCAGAAGGCUCCAAAUUCCAACAUGGUAGCGUCGCCGUUGUUGAUGAUAACGAUACUGGGAACGAUAAAAUCAUCAAUGAUCAAAUCAAUGACUUGAAAAAAGAAAUUGUACAAGUCAUAUCUAAUACAGAUUUGACUGUAAGUGAAAAGACAAAGAAAACUAAAGAGUUAGGGGAAUUGAUUGAGGCCCUACAAAAGAUUUUAAAAAUUGGAAAAGACAUGGACAAUGUUCACAUAGAAAAAAAUAUAGAUGUUGAACAAAAGAUAGAUCUUAUUCCAAAGAAUCAAGAAAUAAAUAAUUAUAAAGGUUACAUACUUUUAUCAAAGAAAGAUGAAUAUGGUUUUUAUUAUACUUUUAAAAAUUUAGAUGGCAAUAUUAUUAAAUAUUACUAUGAAAAUGAUAACUAUAAAUUUAACAAGAAAUUAUCUAAAAUUGAGGAAAUUCCAAUCUGGUUCAGAUCAUUAUCCAGAUAUCUAAAAUCAUGGAACUUUGAUGAUGUUACACAAUUGACAGGUAAAAUAGAAAUAGAUAAAAAUGAAGAGGAAAUAAUUAGAAACAUUGUUAUUAAUUCUAUGACUGAUGAUAUGGAAAAUUUUGACUUGGAUGAAAAAUCAGGUAUUGAAGCUAUUUUGUUUAUUAAACAGCUACUAGGUGAAGAAUUCCCUAGAAGAGUUAAGGACAGAAUGUGGAAAGAACUGAUUGUUGAUGAGUUCUGUACUGAACCAGAAAGGAUUACCAAGGAAUUUAUGUACAUGGUGAACUUAGAGAAAUGGAGCCAUGUAAAAGAUGAUUUCUAUAGAAUAAAUGAUAACUUUUUAAAAACAAAAAUUGAAGAAUCAUUAACAAAAAACGUAAAACAAGAAAUGAUUAACAAUUUUUUAACCGGUAAAUUAAAAGGUGACUUAAGGCAAUUGAAUGUUGAACAAUAUAUAAAAGCAAUUCGGGAUUCAAUUAGAUUGAUGAAUAUAGAAUACUGUGAAUCAAAAAAUUUAACCCGUAUUGAAAAAAGAAGAUGUAUUAACUGUAAUUCGUGUUUACAUUAUGCCAAAAAUUGUAGAAAAAUCAAUAAUAACAAUACUUACUUGAAAGGAAUAAAUUAUAAUAAGAAAGAAGACAAGGAAGAGAAGAAGUUACUUAGGCCUGGUGAAAUCAAUGAAUCAGAACACUAG